AUGGCCACUGAAAAGGAGAAGCAGAAAGUGCACAAGCUGUCAUUGAAAGGGUCUGCGAAGCUCGUCUCGGAAUUUCGCGGCGUAUACCCAGCAGAUGAUUUCACGGCGGUCAAGAAAUAUGGCCUCAACAUGCUCGUUUCCGCCGACGAUCAGGUUAAAGCGUAUAUCAAGAGGAUAAUGUCGCAGCUGAACAAAUGGAUGAUUGGGGGAAAGAUAUCCAAGCUCGUCAUCGUUAUCACGGACAAGGACACUGGAGAUCAUGUCGAAAGAUGGCAGUUCGAUGUCGAAAUAUUCAAAUCGUCAAAGAGCAAAUCUUCCCGAAAGCUGGCAGAUAAUGAAAACGCGAAUCCUGGGGCCCAGUCAAGUAGCUCCGCUGCACCCCCCGAGAAAACUGAAAAGGAAAUACAAGAUGAAAUACAGGCAAUAUUUCGCCAGAUCACAGCCUCAGUCACCUUCUUGCCAAUGCUGGAUGGAAAUUGCACAUUCAACGUACUUGUGUACGCCGAUGCAGACUCAGAAGUACCAUUAGAAUGGGGCGAUAGUGAUGGCAAAGAAAUUGAAAACGGGGAGAAGGUUCAACUACGUAGUUUCAGCACGAGUAAUCAUCGUGUAGACACGAUGGUUAGUUAUAGGCUCGCCGAGUAA